AUGUUCCGCACAUGCAUCAACAUCGGCCUCCGGCAGCAUGCAGGCAUUGUCCAACGUAGCGUGUCUUCGCUGAGCAAGCUUGUUGACUUGGACGUCCGUCAUCCGCACUCGCGUGACCGCAAGACCAAGGUCAUCUGCACCGUUGGUCCGGCCACCUGGGAUGCCUCGGGCAUCUCCUCCCUGCUGGAUGCUGGGAUGAACGUGAUGCGGCUCAACUUUUCGCACGGCAGCUACGAGGACAAGGCAAAGGCCAUUGCUACUUUGCGUGCCGAGCUGGAUCGCAAUGCUCGGAGUGACGUCGACUUUGACGACGGCUCGUGCGAGGAUCUCUGCGCCAUUGCUGCCGACACCAAGGGUCCCGAGAUCCGAACGGGCGCUGUGGCCGACGGCGCAAAGGCGGUCGAGCUUGUUGGCGGCUCCACCGUCGAGAUCACCACCGAUCCGCAGUUUGCUACCUCGUGUACGGCAAGCAGGCUCUUUCUCGACUACCCAGACUUUGCCAACGAGGUGAGCGAGGGCCAGACCGUGUUUGUCGACGACGGGCUCAUCGAGCUGACGGUGACCGGCCUGCACCCAGGUGAGGGCGCGGUCGAUGCUAAAGUGGUCAACGGCGGCAUGCUUGGCUCAGGCAAGGGGAUCAACUUGCCGGGCGCCUCGCUAUCACUGCCGGCGGUGUCGGAGCGCGAUGCGGCGGACCUGGCGUUUGCUGUGGAGCAGGACAUGGACAUUGUCUUUGGCUCGUUCAUUCGCUCGGCAGCCGACAUUGCGGACAUCCGUACGGCGCUCGGCCCUGCCGGCGCGCACAUCAUGGUCAUGGCCAAGAUCGAGAACUGGGAGGGCGUGCUCAACUUUGACGAGAUCCUGGCAGCUUCGGACGGGAUCAUGGUGGCACGUGGCGAUCUCGGCAUCGAGGUUCCGGCGUCCAAGGUGUUUCUCGCGCAAAAGUCGAUGCUGGCCAAGUGCGUACUCGCCGGCAAGCCGGCAAUUGUGGCGACUCAGAUGCUCGAGUCGAUGGUGAAGAACCCGCGCCCGACGCGGGCCGAGGUGUCGGACGUCGGCAACGCCGUCGUCGACGGCGCGGACGCCGUCAUGCUCUCGGGCGAGACUGCAGUUGGUGCCUAUCCGCAGGCUGCGGUCCAGAUCAUGGGCAAGGUAUGCCAGGAGGCCGAGGCGGUCAUCGACCACGGCGAGCUCGGCGCAAGCAUCCGCGGACGCCACGCCGCGUACGAAGACGUGCUGGUGAGCGUCGGUGAUCACCACAAGGACGCGACCCGCGAUGCCAUCGCGUCGGCCGCCACCGACGCUGCAGCCCGCAUCCAGUCCCCGGUCAUUGUCGUUCUCUCGGCGUCGGGCGGAACCGCCCGCGACGUCGCUCGCUUUCGGCCCGAGGUUCCGAUUGUGGCGGUGACCGACGACGCGCGGGUCGCGCGCCAGCUCAACGUCUCCAAAGGCGUGUUUCCGGUAGUUGUUGCGCCGGCGCCGUUGGACGCGAUGCGCGCAUCGGGCGUCGCGUUCGGCAAGUCGCUCGGCCUUCCGUCGGCGACGACGCCGACCCGACGGUCGGCAUCCAUGUAG